GAGAGAAGAUCAAAUAAAAGAGAAAAACAGGAAAGGAGACUCUGACGAGCACAUAGAAAGAAAGACAAUGUGCAGGACUUGAUAGACUGCAGAUGAUACUGCGUAUAACAUCAGAUCUGAAGAGAGAAGAAAAGUCAGUGACACAGGAGUGUUGCUAGAGAAAAUCCUAUUGAAAUUAAGUAGUAGAAAGGAGUAGGAGAGCGAAAAAGAGAGGGAACAGGUGCAUACUAUCUCUUUGGACUCCUGAGCAGCAUGUGUGUGCGUGUUGUGCCCUUGUUUUUGCUGGGAGCGUACAUGAUGUGUGUAUGUGUGCUGUGUCAGAGGGACAUCCUGGUGGCCGGGCCCCCCAACAGCAAAUGUGAGGGAAGCUGCAGUGCAACAGCAUCACCCCCUAAAAUACAUCACCCUCAGGACUCACGGCUCAGAAAGACUCCAGAGAACCGCAAAAACGCACAGGUGUCUGAUACAUCUGAACGUCUCAUCCAGCUGCAGCGCUGUAUGCUGCAACAUGAAUCAGUGGCUGUGAGUCAGGGAGAUGGGUCUGAUUCACUAGUAGCCUUUCUGGCUCUUAUGGCAGCAGUGCUGACAGAAUGUGACCUCCACUGCCAUAGUCAGAGACUCAGAGAGAUGGCCACCAGACUUGAAAGUGUAGUGGGCAAAAAUGGGGAGAAAGACUUGCUGCUGUUGCUGAAAAGUAUCACGCAUUCUAAACCUAAUGGCCUCAAACCAAGGACUCCUACAGUGCCUCCCUCUGCAGGGCUUUACCCUCAAGACUGUCAUGAGAUCUACCAAAUGGGAAUCAAAGAGAAUGGGAUCUACACCAUACAGCCAGAUCCAAAGCGGCCUGCAUUAGAGGCUGUGUGUGACAUGGUUUCAGCUGGUGGGGGAUGGACAGUAUUCCAGCGCCGGUUUGAUGGACAAAUUGACUUUAACCGAACCUGGCAGGAGUACCGUGAUGGAUUUGGAUCCCCGCAGACAGAGCACUGGUUAGGGAACGCAGUUCUAUCUGCGUUAACCGCAAGUGGACAUCACACGCUCCGCAUCACUCUCCAAGACUGGCACGAACAGACACGUCAUGCAAACUAUAACACUUUUAAAGUGGCAGGAGAAAACCAGAGGUUCCGCCUAACUGCUCGAGAUUACCAUGGCGAUGCUGGCAAUGCAUUCAGUUAUAGCAAACAGUACAAUCAUGAUGGCAGAGCUUUCAGUACAUACGACCGAGAUCAUGACCGCUACGCUGCUGGUAACUGUGCCCGUUACUAUGGUGCAGGCUGGUGGUUUGAUUCCUGUUUGGCCGCUAACCUCAAUGGACGCUACUACCACGGGCGUUACAGCGGCAUCACGGAUGGCAUCUACUGGGGCACCUGGUACAUCCUGACUGACUAUCGCACAGGGGAAAGAUACUCAUUUAAGAGCAUUGAAAUGAAAAUAAGACCAAGGCGGAGCUAAGAAUUUCUAAUUUUUUAAAUGACAAAUCCUUGUUGUAGAUGUUGACAUGUCAUCAUACUCUUGCACUGUGCAUUUCCUUUCAAUAAUGGCUUGUAAUUUUAUAACCUGAACCUGCCAUUAUAUUGAACUUGAGAUAUUUAGAUAAUUGUAUGAUAUGUGAACACAUUUAUAAACAUUUAUUUUAAAAUAAAUGUCAGAUGCCAAAUUUUAAGCAGUUUCUCUGUGUAUGUUAUCAAUUUUCAGUUACUGUUGUAC